UCUAGAAGAACAGUUGGUAUGUGGAUGAAGAUUUCGUGAGCUUGAUACCGAGAGAUACAGAUAUUUUCCACAUCGUGUGAAAGAAAUGAUGAAGACGCUUGUCUGUCGUUCGAUCCUUUGAUGUCGCAUCCUUGGUACUGCUUGCUUCGACCAGAGCGGGCUUUGUUGCUCUUGUCACGUUGAACACCCGGCAGAUUGAAAGAAAUCAACUUCGCUGCAGCAGCUGCAGCUACGAACGCAUUAUCUUCCCUUGAGCUUGUUGCUUUGGCUUCUUCUUUUACUCCGUACCCGUAGGCAGGAGGUUGCGCAUCCUCCAGAAGAUGACAGAGGGAUCGUCAUGGGGAGCUACCGCCGAUGCGGGGAGCUAUGCCGCUCAGUGGCCGUCAGGGAGUCAACAAUCGGUUGCUUCAGUAUCACACAGACCUCCAACGGCAACGCCACCAGCACCUCCUGGAGCUGUCGUGUAUACCGCG